AUGGCGGAGAGGAAGCUAUGCGCGUUCCCAACUAUUGAGAUCUGCAGUUCACACGUCACCAACUACAUGGUUCCACUGUCUCGCCAGACAGACUUCUUUGUACCAGAAAUGAAAGAGGAGGUCAAAACAGAUGUGAAAGAGGAGGAUUCUGAUGAGGACAGAGGAACUGACAUUACAGGUGCAGAUUCCCACAGUGACGUGAGCUCGGUGAGCGGCGGCAUGCCGUGGGACAGCAGAGAGACGUCCUUAGCGGCGUCCACGGCAGCCUCCCUGGCCUCCUCCUUGCCUCUGAGGGACGUAAUGGAUGCGAACGAAGACAUUAAACACAGGGAGCACAGCGACAGAGGCUCCAACGAGUCUUUGGGCAGUGGCUCGUCCUUUGAAGAGCUUGACAUGGAUCAGGAGGAGCAGGAGGAGGGCGAAGAGAAGGAGGAGAAGGAAGACGGGGAGGAGGAGGAGGACGUCCCUGAGGGCGAAGAUGGAGCUAGAGAAGCAGUUGAACUGAUGGCUGACAAGAAGGAGCCCGUGGGGGAUGGAGAGGAGUAGGGAGGAUGCUGAAGAGAUAAGGGAUGCAGCCACGUAACACUGGCACACUGGAGAGUUUCUCGGCUGUGCUGUUGCUGGUUAUCUGUCGUGUAAUCUUGUUGGUGGAUCUAAAGCUGUUCAUGCCAUGACCACAUGCCGUAUUUCUGCGCCUUCUAAAUGUCUUUUUGAAGCCUGUACUUUUUCUUAUAUUGUAAUCUCAGUUUUUAAAAAUAAUUCCUGAUCUUAUAUUUGAACCGUGUCAGGACAGAACAACAGACGAGCCCACUGGGUGGAGUCUUCCUCGUCACAUGGUGCGCAGCAAAUAAGGGGGGAGAUUUGUUUAAUUAGAUACUUCACUUCUUACAUUUCAAACUGCAAUCUUGUUUGAAUCACCAUCAUUCCUGUUCUGAUUAGAUGUGACACCUCAAGUUAAGAGGAGGAAAUAGAACGACUAUCCAGUGUGUUUAUGCCCAUGUGUGACAGUUGAUAUUGUACCCUGCUGUCAAGGUCAUGUCCUGAGGAAAUUUUUCAUGUGUUUGUGUGCAUUACCUGACUUUGGUGUCUUGAUAUAGAGUAAUGAUUGGGUAAAAAUGUGCAGGAGCUGCUGCUGUAGAGUUUUUGAUGGACCUAUUUCAUGGUGUUAUUUACACAGGGGAAAUUCUAAAAUCAGAGGUGGAGAAAAAACUUUGCAAAGUAACAUCACCAAUGCCUCCAAGUCCCCAGGACUCCGAUUUGUAAGAAAAUUCAAAGUGUUUCCCUUGGAGAAUGUACAGAAUAUUUUAUUGUCACUCUCAGAUAAUUGCUUUUUUUUUUUUUUAAUGUACCCUUUCUAUAGUUGGUUUGAGAAACCACUUUUCAUUUAUGUUUUUCCUGUUGUAGCCAAUAUUCACUUACUACCAGAGACUAGUUGUGACAUGUUUGUAGGUUGUUGGUGCUGUGAGACAUUGGAAAUAAUGUACAGCACAUUGCAAUGUUGGUGUCUUUCUGUGUGUAAUAAAAUUUUCAAAUGAAAAGUUUA